UCUUCCCAACGGCAAACCCCAUGCUUUACUUUUCCUCUAUAUAAAGUUGAGACAAUCCAUGAACUUCAUGACCACCUAAAAUCACAACAACGAUCGCGACAACAAAUCAAUAGUAAUACUACGUACGUUGUUAAACUUCUUUCGAUCUAUCCCAUAGAUAUAUCAUAAAUGGAUGCCGUUAAGAGUCUCAAAUCAUCCAGCGCCCGCAUUAUUAGUUUGGACAUACCAAUCCCGCCGAUAUUUUCAAGGUCUUUUUCAAGUUUAAGCUCGCCAAGAACCCCUACCAAGUCUCCGGCGAACAGCAUUAGUCCCCCUCGCCGGAGCUCCAGCGGCAGAGACGGCGAGUUCAGGGAAGUUUUCAAGCGGUUCGAUACGGACAACGAUGGGAGAAUCUCUGCGUACGAGCUAAGAGCCUAUUUCGGGUCGGUAGGGGAGCACAUGUCGCACGAGGAAGCGGAGGCGGCGAUCGGCGCCCUAGACGGCGACGGCGACGGCUUGAUUGACUUUCAGGACUUCUUGAAGCUGAUGCACGGCGACGGGGAGGACGGUGACCUCAAGGCGGCGUUUGAGAUGUUCGAGUUCGGGAAAGGCUCCGGCAGGAUAACUCCCAAGAGCUUGCAGAAGGUGCUGAAUUGGUUAGGGGAACCUAAGUCGUACGAGGAGUGUGUUACCAUGAUUAAGGUUUAUGAUAUUGAUGGCAAUGGAGAGCUUGACUUCCAUGAAUUCCGGCAAAUGAUGGCUGCUUAACUACAUAAAAUUAUCUACUUUAAAUAUUGUCUAUGAACUAGUCAACUAAACUCGUGCCGGCAGGUAUCCUGAUUUCUGAUCAGCUGGUAUGUGUUUAAAUCAAGCAGACCAAGUUUGGUUAAAUGAUAAUUAUAUCAUUAUUUGUAUAGUUUGAAGAAGAAUUAAGUAUGUAAUUAUAUCAUUAUUUUUGUGUGUGAGUGUGUUUAUAUGUGUGUAUGGUACUCUAAAAUCGGUGUUUAAUCUAUUUAUUUGAAAUUUUUAUUUUCUUCA